AUGUCAUUCUUUAUGCUUUCAGUGUGGCUGUUGCUUGUAUCUCUAGGCAAGUAUGACCAUUUGAUAAAGAAUACAACUUCUCAUUCCAGUGAAAUGCCAAUAAACAAUCAACAUAUACUCUCCUUAGUAUAUGCAGUAAAGGAGAUCAAUAGGAAUCCAAAAAUCUUACCAAACAUCAGCCUUGGAUUCCACAUCUCUAAUAGUUACAUUGAUGCAAGGAUGAUAUAUCUGAACACCUUGAAGCUUCUAUCCAGCCAAGAAAGGACUAUCCCUAAUUAUAGUUGUGAGAAACAGAAUAUGUUACCAGUUGUCAUUGGAGAAUCUGACUCCGAAAACUCACAUCUGAUGGCCAACAUCUUAAUCAGCUACAAAAUUCCACAGGUUGCUUAUUGCUUUUUUGCUAUAGAGAAGGAUGCUGAAAACAGGAUACCUUACUUCUAUCGUAUGGUUCCUGGUGAAGCACAGCAGUUUCAUGGAAUUGUUCAGUUGCUCCUUCAUUUCCAAUGGACUUGGGUUGGAAUUAUUGUAACAAAGUCAGAUAAAGGAGAGAAGGUUAUGGCAAUUAUGCUAUCAAUGUUUUCCCAGAAUGGAAUCUGUGCAGCUUUCAUAGGAAGAAUACAACCUUUAAUUGAUUUAGUUCAUGUUGUUCAUUUGACACAGCACAUUCAAAGUAUGACCCAUUUUCUCCAAAAUAUGACAACCAAUGUAAUUGUCAUGUAUUCAGAUACUCAGACAAUGUGGAGCUUCAAAAAUAUGUUGCAGUUGGGAGAAGUAAGUUUAGGCAAAGUGUGGAUUAUCACAGCUCAUUGGGACUUUGGAUCACCAACAUUUCUCAAAAAGAUGGGGAUAGAAAUUUUCCACGGUGCUUUAUCCUUUGCCAUUCAAAUUAAUGAAGUACCAGGAUUUCCGCCUUUCCUUGAGCUCCUUAAUGUACAUUGGCCAAAAGAAGAUGGCAUUUCCACGUUCAUUUGGCAGAGGGAAUGUUUGAUACCCUGUUUUAAUAUGCACCAGGAAAACAAAAAAGAAUGUGGUUGGGACGGAAGUCUAGAAAACCUACCAAAGUCUUUUUUUCAAAUAAGUAUGACUGGUCAGAGUUACAGCAUCUACAAUUCUGUCUAUGCCAUUGCUCAUGUUUUACAUAACUUGAAAUCAUCCAGAUUUAGGCUGAAACCAACUAUAGAUAGAGCAAGAGUGGAGUUUCUGAAUCUAGAACCUUGGAAGAGCUAUAGAGGUAGACAGAAUCAGAGACAGCUCCAUAAGAUAAGCAUAAGAGCAACCAAAGAAAUAAUUGUCUACCAAACUCUGAAUGUUUUAUUUUUUCCAAAUCAGCUGCAUCAUUUCCUGAGCAGAAUCUCAUUUAAUAACAAUGUUGGGGACCAUAUAUCUUUCAAUGAAAAUGGUGAAUUAAGAUCCGGUUAUGACAUAACAAAUUUGAUUGGUUUUCCAAACAAAUCCUUUUCAAAUAUCAGGGUUGGAAGGAUUGAUUCAGAGGCUUCAUCCAGCAAACCAUUCAUCAUUAAUGAAGAUCUUAUCGUAUGGCACAAAGAGUUUAACAAGGUGCCACCAUCUGCUGUGUGCAAUGAAAACUGUCAUCCAGGUUAUAGCAGGAAAAAGCAAGAAGGGAAGCCAUAUUGUUGCUAUGACUGUAUUCCAUGUCCAGCUGGAAAGAUCUCAAAUCAGAAUGAUAUGGAUGACUGUUUCAAGUGCCCAGAAGAUCAGUAUCCUAACAGACCUCAAGAUAAAUGCCUGCCAAAGAGUUUAAUCUUUCUGUCUUAUGAUGAUGUUUUGGGUAUCAGUUUAGCCCUUUCAGCUUGUUUUUUUGCUCUGCUCACAACUGCAGUGCUUGGAAUUUUUAUUAAGCACAGGAAUACUCCUAUUGUCAAAGCCAACAAUCGGGAUCUUUCUUAUCUUCUCUUAAUUUCCCUUCUGCUUUGCUUCCUCUCGUCAUUGCUAUUUAUUGGCCAUCCUGGGGAAGUGAUCUGCCCUUUACAACAAAUAGCUUUUGCUAUCGUUUUCUCAGUAGCUAUCUCUUGUGUAUUGGCAAAAACCAUCACUGUAGUUCUGGCUUUUAUGGCCACUAAGCCAGGAUCAACGAUAAAGAAAUGGGUAGGGAAAAAAUUGUCAAAUUACAUUGUCCUUUUCAGCUCCCUAAUUCAGAUAGGAAUUUGUAUUUCCUGGCUUUGUGUAGCUUGCCCUUACCCAGAUAUGGACUUGAUCUCCUUGACUGAAGAAAUUAUAUUUGAGUGUAACAAAGGUUCAGUUGUUAUGUUUUAUUGUAUUCUGAGCUAUCUAGGGUUUCUGGCUAUUGUCAGCCUUAUUAUGGCUUUCCUAGCCAGGAAGUUGCCCAAUAGUUUCAAUGAAGCCAAAUUCAUCACUUUCAGCAUGUUAGUAUUUUGCAAUGUUUGGCUAUCUUUUGUUCCAACAUACUUAAGCUCGAAGGGAAAAUAUAUGGUUGCUGUGGAAAUCUUUGCUUUACUAAGUUCCAGUGCUGGAUUACUUGGUUGCAUUUUCCUCCCUAAGUGUUACAUAAUUGUCCUGAGGCCUGAAAUGAAUAAGAAGGAUCAUCUAACAAGGAAAAAUGUGGUCUGUAGAAAUUGA